AGGAGGCGGAGCCAUUUUUAUAAAUAAAUAGAGGAGAAAAGAAAACGCCUGAGAAGACUCUUUCAACGUUGUUGGGUUGGGUUCCAUGGAUUCACCAAAUCCUCCCACACAAAGCCCUAACUCGGUCCGUACUCUUCCCGGCUCGAACCAUAGCCACACCGAUUUGAUUAUCUCAUCGCUCCUCUCGUUUCCAGAUUCUUCUACGAUCUCCAUUAGCUGUUCCUUCGAUCGAGUCCUUGAUAGAGCUCUCGCCUCCGCUUCCGCUGAUGAAUCCGUUCAGGAUCGUCUCGUCGAUCGCACUCUCGAACUCGCAUCGCUUCUUCUCGAUUCCACGAAACGAUGCUUCCGGAAACGAGCUUCUGUUCACAAUUCCAAUUCCUGGUUCCUUCCUCCAGAACUUACAAUUAAGGUUUUUUCGAUGCUUGAUACAAAGUCUCUGAUGCAAGCAGCUGUGUGCUGCACCAUGUUCAACAAAUGUGCUAUGGACCGUUUAUGUUACUCCCACAUCGACUUGACAACGUCUGCUAGAUAUGCUGAUAAAGGAGUUGUGUCUACUAUGAUCAAUCGGGCUGGAAAAGAACUCAGAUCCCUCAAACUUGGUCGUGUUGUUCGUACAGCUGGAUCUGAUUCUACUGCACCUUUGCUUAGCGGAUCUUGUCUUUCCCCACUAGCAUAUAAUCAUGGCUUUCUUGGGAGUCGCUUGAGAAGCCUGCGGCUUUACAAUCUCAGACCUAUGAAAUACAGGUCCUUAUGCGAUGCGUUGUCAGUUUGUCCAAAUAUCACUGAUCUGAGGAUUGUUGGAUUGUAUAACCUAACUGAGGAGCUAUUUAAUUCACUGACAAAAAAAUGCCGCUUAAUAGAGAACCUGUUCUUAGAGACCUACGGUUAUCCACGUACGUUAGAGACUAAAACAGGAUCAUCAUUAGUGGAGUUUGUGACCAAUUGCCCCAACUUAACGUCCCUAACGCUCAUACGCUUUGGACUAACCGAUGACUGGGCCCGAAAUCUUGCUGAUAGUUGUCGUAAAGUGAAGUACCUGAAUUUGUCCAGAUCACCUACAAUCAAGGGUCGUUUUUUGAGGGAGGUGGGACCUAGCUGCAAAGAAAGUCUACUCAAGACUCUAAUAUUGCGCAACUGCCCUAAACUACAGGAGAAAGAAAUGUUGGAAUUCUGCAACUCACUACUCACAGGGAGCUUCAAAUCCAUUAGGCACAUUGAUAUUUCAAGUAACCGCGGCUUAGCAUCUUCAGACAGGGGCAAGAGAUGUAACAAACCAAACUUUCCUCUGGAGAGGCUGAAAGAAGAAAGAUCAGAUGUCACAUUUGUGGCGGACUUUCCUCCAUUGCCUAGUUCCGAAAAGCCUUAUGGUGUCUGCGAUGAAGAAGAGUUGAGGCUGAUAGAGAUGAUGGAAGCUGAGGACGAUGAAGUGGACGACGAAGAUGACUCGGAUGAGGAAUCGGACGAUGCAUCGGAUGAGGAUGAGUCAGAAGAUGAGGACAUGGGCUUUAAUGUCGAUUAUUUGUUAUGAUUAGUGUUGGUAAUCCGUUAGUGUUCGUUAUUGAACUAUUUCACGAGAAGUUAUUCGUUUCUUUUGCUUAAGAUUCUUCUUGUUGGGAGAUUUGAACUUUGCACAAACAUACGAAAUUAUUAAACGAAUUAGAAAAAAAAACAAAAAAGUGACGUUGUGGUUUUAUUUGGAUAUAAAUAACAUUGAAAAGUUUUGAUGA